UUCAUACAGAGGUUUGCUCAAUCAAGGUGCGACCUGCUAUCUGAACGCUACCUUGCAGGUGCUCUUCAUGACCCCAGCGUUCAGAGACAAAGUGCUGCUGCUAUCUCCCAGUGACACGAGAGAGAAAUUAAAGUCAGCGUUAAAGGAACUAUUCGAAGAGCUCAGAAAACAGGACAGGGGCGAUCGGAGCGUCUCAACCAAAGGAGUAAUCCAGGCUCUGGGUAUAGAGAGAGUAUAUGAGCAGCAGGAUGCCGUGGAAUACUUCCUAGAUAUCCUGGAGAAAGUAGGCCCGGAUUUGGCCGAGGUCUUUAGAGGAACUAUGAGGAACCACAGAACAUGUUCAGAAAAUCACAAGUCCCACGAUGACAGCUCCUUCAAGUCGCUACAGAUCGCUCUGAACAGCAGAGACGGGACAUACAGACUAGAAGAUGGGAUUCAAUCGUAUUUUGCGUCUACAGAAUUAGUUGGAGACGACCAGAUGUACUGUGAAGACUGCGAUGAGAAAAGGGACACAAUAUGGAGUUGUGACAUACACGAGUAUCCAGCGAUACUGCCCCUGCACCUGAAAAGGUUCGUGUAUGACCGCUGGUCACGUGGGUUUGUGAAAAACGACUGUCCCAUGGAUGUUCCGCUUCAGUUACCUCUUCGGUUUCAGGAGCAGGAGCAGCAGUACUCGCUCUACGCUGUGAUCAACCACCGGGGGAGCCGUCACGGGGGACACUACACCGCUCACAUCCGCUCUUCUGAGGAGAACAAGUGGUACUGUUUCGACGACAGCCGUGUCACACAGGUUGAUGAGAGCAAACUGAAAGGGUCUAGCGAAGCUUACUUGCUCUUGUACCAGAAAACUUCAUCAGUUGCUCAGGUGGAGGACGUGAAAGAAGAGCCCAGAAUGCACACUGCUGAAGCAGGAGACGCAGUGGACGCAGGCGGAGCAGAGUCUGAACUGAGCUAUCAUUUAAAAGAAGUGCAGUUUGGUCAGGAACACGUACUGAAUGACUGCAAAUCAACUUCUUUUUCACAGUGUGGCAGAGCUCAUAAUAAACCACAGCUGGAAGAAAGCAUCAAAAAUGCAACGCGGAAAUAUGCGGGCAUAAAAAUAAAUCAUGUUCUUGACAUUCACACAGACUUGAAUCUCCGGGUGAAAGAACAUGUCUCCAAACUGAGAAAGACUUUACAUCAGAAGCACAAGGACAACAGGCCGUAUUAUGACAAGAAAACACAAAAAAUAAAACAUAAGAAAACACAUAAAAGUGAAAGAGCCAGAAAAAGACAACUGUGCUCAAAUCCUCGAGAGACAGAGAAGAGAGAGAAAUCUACACGAGGAGCAGCUCGAGGAUUGCUUUCAACUAAGUGUUGUUCAGCGUUAUAAAAAUGUAACGUAUUGUGGAGAGAACAGACACAACUUUGUAUGAUAAAUUGUAAAGGUUUUAGUUCAUGUGCAGUCAGAUGUUAGAAAUGUCACUAAAUUGUGAAUAGUAUUUUAUUUUUCAUAUGUACACAUAUUGGGGUGUAAGGAACAGCUGAACUGUUACGUAUCAUAUAAUAUCUAUUUUUCGUUUUGGGCAUACCUCUCUCUCCCAGAGAUCUUGGUUAUAUCACAAGCUCCGUGGGAAAAGCUGAAACAUGUUUUAGUCUCAAUAAAAGCUAAGGACACCAUA